GUCAAAAAAGUAAACAAAUAUACGGCGUGCUAUCGCCAUUUGGAGAAACUGUUCCGAACGAAAUCAAUUUCCUUUCCGGAUGGAAACGAUCGCUUCGAACCGAUACGAUAGAUUUGGCCCUUGGUAGAAUGUCAAACACGGCAACCGGUAGCGAUGGACCAGGACCAGUGAAAAAGUCCACGGAGAAAGGUGAACGCAAGCGAAACCGCACCGACGGUGUUGGUGGCUCGGCCGGACAAGGAGGCAGCAGCACCACCAAACAGUUCCAGCGCAAACCAACCGAUCGUCAUAAGGUUAGGAACCGGGUUCUGCCAAAGUACUUUACGCGCGAGAACGACAUAUACGUGACGUACAAGUCCGAUUUUACGUAUCAAUUCAAAACUUGUCUCGAUAUCCUCAACUCCUCCAUCGGUGAAGUGUUCCUGCACUGUACCGGGCGCGCGAUCAACCGCGGCAUAAACCUUGCGCUAAGGAUAAAGGCCCAAUAUCCCGAAGCGUUCGAGUACGAAGCGAACACGUCCCAGAUUGCCAUUACGGAUGACUUGCAUCCGCUGCACGACGAGGACGACUUUAUGGUGCAGCGGCGCAUGAACUCGUGUCUUCACAUUCGGAUGUACCGCACGAUUAAGGUGACAUAAUCGGCCGCUGCGGAAGACGGACAGCUCGAGGCACAUCGAAACGGCACGAACGUAAGAACUAAAGCAGCAGCAGCAGCAUCAUGUCGGAGGAGGUAGAAAUUAAGACUUACUUUAAGCUGGUCGACGUUGUGAAAUGGAUCGGCAUAACACAGUUCGAAAUAUUGGUCAAUCUGAUAGCGUUUCUCGUGUUCACGAUCGUGCUCACGGUGAAAGCAUCGAGCGGCGAGCUGACCGGAACGCUGACGGUCAACCAGUGGUUGACCGUGUUUUCGCCAAUGUUUUGCGGCGAUUUCUGUAACAUCUACUUCUGCAUCAUCGUCGGCAUCCGGAUGUACUUGGGCAACAAGCACCGGCAGGCGAUGCAUCGGUUAGUCUGGAGCAUUCCCUCGCUGCUGCUGACGGCCGGCUUCAAGUACCUGGUGUGCAUGAAGCUGUCCGGGUUGAUACAGCUCGAGUACAGCGAGGUGUUUUCGCCCAUCUUUGUGCUGUUGCAGAUGGUCGCGGUGAAGGCGUGCCAGUACAACCAGCAGUCCUGAUCAAACGCCAACCAAGCGCGCCGUGAGCUGCUAUCGUUCGGCAACGAUGUCGUUCUGGGUACCAUCGUCAUACAGUGAAAUGCGUGCAUGCAUUAGGGGGGGGUUUAAGGGGGGUGGCAGCACCCGCUAUGAGUAAUGUAAAGUAAUUAAUAAACCCAAUCUGAUCCUUUAA